AUGUCUUCUCCUCGCGCCGCCUCGCCUGCUGGCACCCCCGCCGCGUCCGGCGCCAGCAUCGCCCGCCCUUCGUCGCCUUCGAUCCCCGGCGGCCCCCGUACCGCCAUCCGUCGCCGCGCCGCCGCCGACCAGAAGGAGAAGAUCGCCAAUGCCAGGCCAAGCAGCACGAGGGCCGCCGGCGCCGGCGGCAGCUCCAGCACCAUGCUGAGGCUGUACACCGACGAGUCCCCCGGACUCAAGGUCGACCCCGUCGUCGUUCUCGUUCUGUCUCUCGUCUUCAUCUUCAGCGUUGUCGCUCUGCACAUCAUCGCCAAGGUCACCAGGAAGUUCUCCAGCUAA